UACAAUACCGGAAGAGGAAGAGAAGCACAGUGUUUUUUUUUACCCCCCAGAGAAAACGAGGUUCACGUAGUUACUCAUGUAAUCAGUAAUGAUAAAAAUAUGAGAACUCUAGAUCUAGAAUGAACAGUACCUCCAAACUCUUUUAUUUCUGUACCUAAGAAUUCAAACGCUUGGAACAGGUUUACAGAGGCUGAAAUUGAGAACAAAAACAGCCAUAAAGAUGGCGUUUGUUUUCCAUGUUGAGUUUGGUAUGAAUGAGACACCUCUCACGCAGGCUCUGGAACAAGGAGACUUUGCUGUUGCUGAAAGAAUUAUCGUAGACUGCCCUAACGCCACAUAUCUUGAUGAUGGUUGUUACCAGCGCACCCCUUUGUACAUCUGUCUGUGUGGUGUUGAUGAGUACCACCAGAAAGUUGCCGUUCGGAACCUCUACCUGGCACAGCUGCUGAUUGAAAGGGGGGCAAAUGUUAAUCACAGGGUACCAGUGACAAACUUUGGCUCGGAGUAUAUGAGUCCUGGCAAAUCGUGCCUUGAGCUGUUGAUCGACUUCUACAUUGACCUCAGUCGCCAGUCAGCUUUGGACCAGGCGGAACCUCCAUGGCAUCUGAAUGAAGGUCAGUGGAAUCCGUUGACACAGCUGGUGGUAGGGUUAAACAAACAAUACCUGACCAGGGCAAAGGAUGUACUUGAUGACCUUCAAGAUCUCAUUUUCUCUGUGCUGAGACAUGGUGGUGACCCAAAUGUGAUAGACGAAAACAGGAGGACACCAGCCCACCGCGUGGCCAUGCACUGUAUGGACGUAUCGCUGCUCAAGCUUAUCUGUGACAACGGAGCUAGUCUCACAUCUGUGGACUCUUCAGGGAACACGCCUUUGCUCGCUCUGUGCAAUGUGUCAGCUCUCGACAGCGACGACAGCUGUGACAGGAUGUCACCUGUCAGUGACAGUGACAUUCUGGAGGCGUGUGUACGUCAGGAGGAUCUGUGUGUAAAGACAGAUUUCCUGUAUUUUUUGUUGAAAACCGAAGACUCUGAUAUUAACCACCAAAACAGUCAUGGUCAAACAGCGCUGCUCCAUCUUGUGCUGCGCGGGGACAGCCAAGGGUCAAGGAUAUUGCUGGACGCCGGUGCUGACCCGAGUCUGCAGGGAUUUGUCUGGGAGUCUCGGCGUAAGAAACGGAAAUUGUCACCCUUGUUUGCAUCGCUGAUGUCUCUACCUCUGCAAGGGUCCAUCGUUUGCUCAAACUUGUACACUCAGGUGACCAGAGUGCCGCAGUUCAUAGCACAGCUGGUUGAUGCAGGUUACUUCACUACUAGUGAAAUAGCAGAAGAGUUGUCUUCCAUGAUUGAGCACGAUUUCCCGGAGUUCUCCCACUUGCGACCAUAUGCCGAAACGUUGAUUCAUCUCAUGUUUGGCUAUAAAACAGCAUCACUUAAACAAUUAGCUGCCCGUAAAGUCUUUCAGUGUUGCCUCAUUGACAGCACAGCCUGCCUUCACAACAUCCUGCCGGUACCGUCCAUUCGGGAGAACUUCCAUGCAGAAGACUUACUCUCCGAUCGCCACCGGUACGAGGAGUACAUCAGCCUGGUGCUAAACUGUACCGUACUCCGCCGUCUGGUGGCCAUGCUCCAUCUACCCCGCUCGCUUCUGCUGCACUUUGAGGCGCAGCUGUUGUACCUCCGUAUGGCUCUCAAGCUGCACAGGGCCAGGCCUCAGCGACCGUCGCGCAGCAGCGUCGUGCGUCUCAACGUGGAGGAGAACAACAGCAGCGGCGCCGACUCUGAGAGUGGCAGUGACAACAGUGAUAGUGACGGCAGUAGCUACGAGUCCACCAGCGAUGGUGAGGUGGAAGGGGACUCUGACUUGGAGUACUGGUGAUUUUUUUUCAGAAGUUAAAGAUGGCUGAUCUAAGAAUAUUUCUGUGGUUAUGACCAUUGUCAGAAUGGUCUCAAUAGAGAGGUGGACAUACCACUGAGUUUGAAUUAUUUCAGUCUAUGAGUCUGUUUUGAAAAAAAAAAAAAAGAAGUCUUUCCUUGAUUUUUGAAUGUGAUUUAUAGUAUAGUGAUUCAGAGCAACAACUGUAUGUUCUUUGAUGGUGGACCACUGCUUUGAAUAUUUUUUUGUCCUUAUAAUGAUGUGGGGCCAGCUUGAAUCAGUGAAGGGAGGCAUAGCGUAAUGAAUUUCACUGUUUUUAUAUUAUAGAGAAAGUGAGUAGAGAAAUGUCCUAUUCGUUUUUCAUGUCCACCCAGAUCUUGCAGUAGUAGCCGAGCAUCAGGUCUCAGAAUGUUACGGUGUUUAGCUGGGUUUCUGAAGUCUAUGAUCUGUGAUGUAAGAAAGUGGAGUUGUUUUUCUUCAAAGGUGAUAUUGGUUGUAAAGGUUGAUAGCUUGGUGUUUUGUACUCAAUGAAAGAAGAAUUCCCUUUCAGCCUAAUGAUGGCUGGGUGCAACACUCCGACAAAUGCCAUUUUGCAGAAUGAUGUGAGUCAGAGUCUUGCUACUAGCCAUCGAUUGAAAAAUCUGUGACUCUUGAUGUGCACGGCUAUGCAUUGUCAAAUGGUGCUUUUUCACAUAAUUGUGCAAUAUGUGGAUUAAUGUUGCUGUGAUACACUGUAUUCUCUUCUACCUAACUGUUGUCAUAAACUCCCUUCUCUCUUUGUAUUUGUUCUUUUGUUUGAUGCUUUAAGUCUUUUGAUAGGUCAUCUUUUAAUAAGCUUUUGCCCAUGCAAGUAUCUCCACAUUUUCCAUGUCAGUUGAGUGUGUUGCUGACUCAAUGCCUCUUUUGAACUUCUCCUCCUUUUUUAAAUUCUUUCUCAUUAAUACAGCUGAAACGAGAUGCUGGAUAACAGUCAGUGCUGUUUAAUACAGUAAUUUUUUUCGUUGUGUGAUGUUAUUAAAUCUUGAACUGAUGCCUGUUUUGACUUGAAAGACGUGAGGAAAAAUCUUCAGAGGCUGUUUCGGAUAAUAUCUGGUCAGUUGUUGGAAAAUGACGUUUGGCUUUUCUCUUUUUAAGGACAGGGGUAAAAAUUGCCUCCUGUUGAAAUGAAGUACUUGUGAUAAAGCAUUCAAAUGCCUGAUUUACUUGUGGUCCUAGUGAAAUCUCCACCCUUCCCCCCCACCCCCCCCCCCACCCCCAAACAGAAGAAUGAUGUUUCCUAAAUGUCCUUUCUAAAUGUCGUAUGACUCUCUUGUAUGUGUGUCCUGAAGUUGUUUACCUGGUUACUAUGUCUGUUGCUGCCAUUUUUUUUUGUACUGCUGAGGCUGUGUCGAGUAUCCUUACUUCUUGGAUCAUGUCAUGUGCUUACUUAAACAUUCCGACUGUGUCUUUCAAGGGCAUAGAAACAGCGUACUCUCACACCAACCAUACUCUCAAACCUUGGUAAGACUUGCAUGCAUCCAUUGUGCUAAAAAGUACAUUAUUUCUGGUGCCAAGUCCUGUGACAGCUUGACUUGAAAGCAGACAAAGUACCAUUAUGUUCCAAAGAUAUUUGAGAAAAGCAUUUGUACUUUUCUGUUGUUUUUUAAAAAAGAAAAUUGUUUUUGAAAUUUGAAUGGGAAAGGGUUGUUUCAGUUGGUUUUUCUUUCAAUAAUGAUACUACUACAAGAGAUGUGUUUUUAGAUUAUAAGAGGGUGCAUUUUAUCAAGGUUUUGCUGUAGACCAUGUCACAUAACUUCCAGAAAUGAAGUGAAUAUCUCUGAACACAAAACCAUAAUAAUUACUGGAAGUAAAUUGACUGAACAAUCCUUUUUGUUGUCAAACCUAACCCCCCCCCCCCCUGGUUUCUAAACAAUUGGAAAGACAGGAAUGCUUUUUAAUAAAUAUUUAUAGAAUAUAUAGAUCUACAUGUUAGUCUUUGGAACAUUUGAUAAUAAGCAGAACAUUUACAAGAAGAAUAAGAAAAAGAAGGCAGAAGAUGACAUGCUUUGAAAGUGCGAAAAAUGAGCUAUUGCAGAUGAACCUUCUUAUGUGUUGUAAAGUUCAAGCCUAACAAGGAAAUGUUUGGAGACACUUUGUUUUGUUACUUUUUUUUGACUCUGACAUGACCUUUGAAGAUAGUAAUGCGUAUAUAAAAUUUUAUGGGAUUUGAGAACUUUUGAAAAAUCAAAUAAGCGAAUGUCCUUUUCAAAUGAUAAAAAGAAAUUAUAUUUUGAUGUCUGCUCCAGUGUCGUGCAUUUCCAGGAUGAAUUUAUAUUUUCUUUCCCUGUUGUAUUUGCUGUUGGUAGCAGUUCAUGUGUUGAUGUAUCAUUCACAUUUAAUUUGCUUUUUAUGAAAAUGAAAAUCCUCUCAUAAUUGUGUUAUUGUCAACGGAAUGAAAGGAUUGUGACUGACUUUAAGAUUUAGGAAAUGUUUUAUUUGGUGCUAAAGUAAAUCAUUAUGUUGGACUCCAAAACAUGUAAAAAUCUUGUACAACACAGGGAAGUGGAAAACCAUUGAUUUUGAUCUUUUUAUAGUUGGCUAAUCUGUGGACUUUGAUUAUCUGAUCCAUUAGCUACAACUUAAGGUUGUGUGAAAUUGAACUUUGAUCAGGACUGACAGUAACUACCCAAAACUUGUGGCUUCACAACAAACAAUGUGCUACCUCCCCUUUCUAUUCUGUGAUAGCCACAAAAAGGGUUUUCUCUCCUGUAGAAAAACUUUGCUUUACCUAAUUACGCAUUACGCAUAUAUACUUUUUUUGUCAUAAGACAGCAGAGCUAUUGUUGAACAUUUAACGAACCCCCUGUGGUGCAUUUAACACUUUCAUUGUAGAGGAGGAUGAUAUUUUCUCUCACAAAGUUCACUAUACGGUGUACAGUAGUAGUCAUUAAGGGGUUAAUAAGCAUCAAGUAAAGUUUCCAUUUAAACCCAGUCACCCAGUCCUGUCAUUCUGCUAAUGAUAAUAUAUGCCUGUGAUGUAAUAUUAUGUGGGCAAGAAUGAGGUUAUAUGUGUGUGCCAGCAUAGUUUUGUGACAGGCACAGAGAGGUAGACACACACAAUUAAAGAGACGUAGAAAUGAACAUGAUAUGAAGGUAGGGACAGAGGAAGAAGGAGGGAGAAAUUGAGGGAGAGGGAGAGAGAGAGUAGAAAAAGAGAGAGUAGAGAGAGAGGGAGAGUGAGAUAGCAAAACAGUUGCUUCAUUGAAGUUGAUAUCCUUUGCUUUUGCUCUGCUGGUUUUUCUGUUGCAAUCCUGUAUCUAUCUGUAAAUGCUGCUACAUUUUAUUUGUUUUCCACAACUGAUGUGAGCACAAUUAAUUCCACAAGAUAAAAAGGAUUAUUUUAUAUUUGUUCUUUACAGAGUAUAGUAACUAUUACCAUUAACAGUAAAAAAGGGAGUUGUCUUGUUUUAGAAUUUUUUUACAAAGAUCUUAGAAUCGUGGAAAGUGUACUUUGAGAAAGUAAGGAAAAACUUUUUUUUCGGAGAUUGUUUGAUAGUGUCUUAUGUUACCACCUUUUGACAAGGGAAAGGUAAUGAAAAAAGUGAAGAUCAUCAUUUCUCCACUUUGGAAACUUUGCAUUGCAGAAGCUGGCACAAAAAUGUACUGUACUAAUCACAGUAUAAAAGAGGGUUUUUGCCUCCAUGUAGCAGUUUUAUAUAACAUCAGAUUGCCUUAGUGUUUUGUGUCAGAUUUGACUCUGGUAACGAAUCUAAAAUCAAAUGUGUAUUUAAAGAAAAAAGAAUUUUUUUUACUCCACCACUUCGCUCCACCUUAGGCUCCUGGAAAAAUAUCGCUGCAGCCUAAAAUUUUCAAUCUUGUGCUCGGCCUCAUGAACUCUUUGCCAUACUAAAAUCGAUUUUGGCCAAAUGGCAGCAAUUUUGAACCAUAUUGAAGGUUACAGCCGAGACUCAGGGUGAGACAUGUGUGUUUGUGGUCGCCUUAAUAGCUAUUGUCACUUGGCAUUGCUAGACCUUUCUGUGUGACCUCUGUCUUUCUGCUGGCUCAUUGUUUCCCUCUCAGCCUGGGUUGGCUAUGAAUGGCAGAGUUGAACCAGCCUGCCCCCUGAAUGAUCUAAAUUGAGGUGGUGGGGCCGUAAAAAACAUCUGCAAUUAUAAUUUGUUUGUAUGUGUGGCCUAAAUCAUUCCUUCACUGGACCACUGGGGCCCCUAGUGCUGGUCGUCCUAAUUUGAUUAACUCUCUUUGGUUUCUGUUGAUGCAUUCCUUGCAGUGACUUUUGGUAUCCUUUCAGUAACUAUAUUUAAGUGUAGUGGGACUGCUCUAGAUUUGGAAUUUCAUGGGCUAAGCAACAUUUUUGAAUUUAUAUAUCCAAGUUUUUAUGAAGAUGUUUUCCAAGUUUUACCCAAUAGCAAAUAAUCAUAUUUCAUAAUUAAGUUUAGUAGUUGGCGGUUGGUCUGGUGUUGUUUACCUAGUCAUUCCCAUCUAAUAUCUAUUGUCUUUAUCUCUCCUCAUCCUUUUCUUUUUAUGUUACAUGUUACACUCUAAUAAAACCUUUAAUCUCCAGCGCUUAUAUAACCUAUUAGUCACACUCACACACACACGCAAGUGCUGUAGAUCUUGCUAAAAUGAAUACGAGAGAAUUGAAACAUUUUGAAUAAGUGCAGAGGGGUCAAAACCUCAGGGGUUGUCAAUGAAAUUCCAUGAAUGUCUGAUAAUAAGGACCAGUGCUGAAUAGUUCUUUUUCUUUCAAUUUCAGUUCCAUCUUAAAUCUGUCUGCUUUUUGUUUGUUUGUUUGUUUGUUUGCUUUUAAUUAAUUCAAUGUCUUCGCAAUAAGCAACCAUAGGAACUAUGAUUUAGAUGUAUCUUUGUCACAAUGCAUUUUUGAGUGUUGUUCAUUGCUGUCACAACUUUUGUUCGAACUUUAGUUCAACUUUAUCACAAUGUGUGUCUAAGGAGUAUUGUUCAACUUUAUCGCAGAGUGUGUCUGAGUACUGUUUAUCUUUAUGACAAUUUGCGAACAGUGCUGUUUGAAGUUUCUCCUUUUGGAAGUGUGAGUUAUGUUCAAUGUUGUCUGUUCAAAGAUAUAAGAUUUUGUGCAUAUAUCCUUUACUCUGAUAAAGUCGAUUGCUUGUACAGUAGCUGUUAUAUACACAUAUAUCGCUUGUGGUUUGUGUCAGGAGGAGGGAAGCGUCUGGUGCUAUCAGUAAGAGUGGUUGAAAUUUCAAUUUUUUUCCCCCUUCGUUUGUAGUUACAGUCAGAAUUGUCUGAGAUGACUACCCAUUGGCGAGGAGAAAAAAGUUAGUCUUAAGCUGGUGGACGACUUGGACAGUGUCAUUAUAAUAGAAAAAUAAUGUAAAGUAGGAAGUGGUCGUAUGGAUGAUUGUCUUGGACAGGUUAGUGCAGGUUCAACUGUGGAUGUUGUCCUCUAAACAGUAUGAUUUUGCAGCUUUGUGUAGCUUUUUUCCCUCUUAAUAUAUCUCUGUUGGUGUAAUGGUGAGGCUCUUUGCUGUUAUAGGUGAACAGUGGGAUUUUGACUCCUGCAUGGGGGUGUCUAUUUUAUUCAAGUUCUCCAACUGGUUGCUCAGUACUGUAGUCUAGUCCUUUAAAAUUGAAGCAACCCUCCUCCUAAAUGGUAUAACUUGUGUGGAUGGCAGUGUAAGUCAUAUACAAUCAGUGAAUCACAAAUGCUUUUCACUUUGGUUUUGUUACAAGUUGAGACUUUAUUGAAUGGAGAAGCACUGUCUAAGGACUUUGUGUGCAGUGUUAUCACGGUUUCAGUUUUAAUUUCCUAGUGAGGAGAAUUUGCCUGAUGUUUUUCUUUGCCUUGUCACAUCGAUAUGCCUUCUGCUCCAUGUGACUUAGGUUCUUAUGGCUGUGACCCAAAUUUGUAAGACUUUGCAUUUUACUACUUAACGAACGCUGUUCGUCUGCAUUUGUGUCCUUCUUUAUCUAUGAUCAUGUAGUUGCUGUGAUGGGUGGUUGUGAUGGGAAUCAAAUCUUGUAUUCUAUUUUAUUUGUGUUCGUAAUUACCUUUAUAUGAGCAUGUUCAUAUGUAUACAUGAUGUAAGAAUUUUCUACUUAUGUGUUUGUAUUUUCAUGUGGAAAUGCUUGGUAUUUUCCAUGUUACUGACACUACUUAAUGUUUUGCUGUAGAGUAAUUUCUUGGUGUGGAAUUGUGCAUGUAGCCUGAAGAGAUCACAUGCGUAUUGCGCUUGCAUAAGUGGCGUGUAAUUUGCAGGCUAAAUGGUUCCUUUUGCACAUCAUAUUAACCUAUAUUAAAUUAAAUUUGAUAGACCUUCCAAGUACUUCAAUAACAUUGCUCAGAUAAGAUUGGAUCUCUCUGAUUUUCUAAAAUGUCCGUCAAAGAAACCCAUUCAGAUUUGCAUAAAAUCAAAAAAUUGUUUCUUGAAUUCCUUUUCUGUCAGGUUGUACAUGACUUGUUGCAAAUGCUGUGAAGAUACACAUUUUUUUGGGCGUAUAUUUGCGAUAUAUAUACGUUUCUUUGCCACUGUGGGUUUGUUACACAAUCACAAUCUGCUGGGUUUGUUAAGCUUCAAAUUUUUUUUUCUCCAAACUCCCAUUUUUGGUCAUGGAGUUUUUGGCAGGUCAACAUUGAUGAAUACCCAAAUUAGUUCAUGCUAAGUGCUGCAUGUUGCUCUGAAGGGAGGGGAAAAGGAUAUCAGCUUGUCAGAACAUAUUUAUAUAUAUAUAUAUAUACACACGCAGAUAAUUUCAACUGAUUACUGAGUACAUAAAUCUGCCUCUCCAAACCUAAGAAGCAUGGACUUCUAAUUUGAUUCAUGGUCCCUUGAUAAAUACAAUAGCUGCUUUUCUCAUUCUGCUUUCCUUUGUAAGCUGAGUUUUGUUGAUUUGAGUGUUAAAACGUUGCCCUUUUUAUCAUUCUGUUUUGCAGCAGAAUUAAUUAGACUUCACUUUUUUUUUAAAAAGGAAUAGAUGCUGUAUUUCAGUAGGUUUGAGGUAGUCUUAACUUUUUGCUGUUUUUUUUUUAACUGGAAUUUUUUUUGAAAGUGGUCUGUGUCUGGAAACACAAUGCUUAUUGGCAUAUUUAUUAAACCAUGGAAUAUUUUAAUUAUACCUGGGGCACACAGAUGGAUGGAGUUUUUUUCUUUGAACCAAAGAUUAUUUCUUUAAAUUUCCAGACUUACUUAAUGGAUUGAUGUGCAGAUUGUAGUUGCAUGAUUUAGGGUCCCCAACCAGCUGUAUGUAGAAAUUAAAAAUUAUCAAUAGUAAAAUUAUUGUAUAUGGAAAGACUGUAAAUGUAAUAGCGUGGUUCUAUACUAUGUUCUGCUUCUAAUCAGUUUAGUUCACUCCUGGUGUAGGUUUAUGUUGUAUUUUUUACAAUUCUUUUAUUCUUCUGUUGCUCGACUCUCAAGUAAGUGGGCUUAGAGGUAUCAGAAAUGAAACUGCUGUUUUGGGGUUAUCCCUUUAAAUGAUUCAUUUUUUUUAAAUUAUAUGCAUUUUAAGUUAAACAACUUGUAAUUUGUUGGAACUUUAGUGUUUUUCUUUUCGAAUAUGUUGCUUAUUUUUUCUUGAUAUAAUGUCAGAUACUUUUGUAAUAAUUGUGUGCACUCUUUCACCAAAAUCUUGCCAUAAAGAUACUUUUGUUGGUGUGCGUUUUAGAAGGCUGUGUGUAAAUGCAUGUUGUGAUCUGACUUUUGCUAAAUUAUGUAGAAGAAAACAAUCAUUGUAAGUCCUAUUUUUUAUGUUUGCUAAUAAAACUUUUUGAUAUUUUGAACAGCACCAUUUUAA